AUGGCACCGAAAUCAUCAUCCUCGUCGUCCUCCGGCUGCCGCUGCGCCGGCGGGCUGGGCGGCUGGCUCAAGUUCCUGGCGAUCCUGCUCGGCGUGCUCACGCCCGUGUACUACCUGCUCGAGCAGAACCUGCACCGCUUCUACAUCUUCGACCUGGACCAGCUGCACGACGUGGCCAAGCGCGGCAUCGCCGCGCACGGCAACGACACCCGCGCCAUCGUGCAGUACAUUGUCGACGAGCUGAGCGGCCAGGUCAGCCUGUCGAGCUACAUCAACCGCGACGAGGAGUGGAUGUUCAACAACGCCGGCGGCGCCAUGGGCGCCAUGUACAUCCUGCAUGCGAGCAUAACCGAGUACCUCAUCAUCUUCGGCACGGCGGUCGGCACGGAGGGCCACACGGGGCGGCACACGGCGGACGACUACUUCCACAUCCUGACGGGCACGCAGCUGGCGUACGUGCCCGGCGAGUACGCGCCCGAGGUGUACCCGCCGGGGUCGGUGCACCACCUGCGCCGCGGCGACGUCAAGCAGUACCGCAUGCCCGAGAGCUGCUUCGCGCUCGAGUACGCGCGCGGCUGGAUCCCGCCCAUGCUCUUCUUCGGCUUCGCCGACGGCCUGACCAGCACCCUCGACCUGCCCACCCUCUGGCGCACCACUUGGGUCACCGGCAAGCAGAUGCUCGGCAACCUGGCCCGGGGCAAGCUCUGAAACCCGGAUGGAUGGGGGCGUGACUGCGCUGUUUGAGUAAUGGCUGGCUGACUGGGGAACUGGCACGUAAGAGGCAUCGGGAAUACAGGGGGCAAGGGGUGUCUAGACUUGUGUAUGGCCAUCUUCCAAGACUAAUUGAUAAUUGAAGCACUCAGGCCGGUCACCACCGCCCUGCAAGUGUUUCACAGACCAUGGCCGACCUCAGGCACUCGUAAUGUCCGAUUGAGAAGCUUGCUCAGGAGCCACAGCAUGGCGUAAAAAAAUGAGUCAGGAACCG